GAGCACUCCCUGAACCUCUUGCGGUAAUGACGUAGCUAACGUGCGUAGUGACAAAGACAGCGAGCCUGAAACCUAUGGGGAAGGAAUAAAAAAAGAAAUUCAGUAUCGUCGCCCUCCGUACUUAAAGACCAUCAUUUUGUGAACUGCUCGCCGCCCAGGGGGCCUCGGUGAACAAGCCCAAAUUUGACAGCGGCGAGUGCGGAUUUUGAGUCACCGUGAAGCCAUUCAGCCGUUGAAGAAGACUGUGGCAACUGGCAGAUUUUCCGUUGGACGGUCUCUAGGCUAGGGUAUAGCGAGGGAGCCGCCAUGGCAGUCGGAUCAUUGAGCCUCCACAUCGGGAUAUGAAGAGCAAAUACAUGUGUCCAGAACCGUCAAGAAAACGCCACAUUUACCCUCGAUCCGCGUCGGACCGGCACCUAUAGCGUCUUGAACUCUCCCCUCUUCAUCUCCGAGAAACUGAUUCGGGUUCCUGAAAGAAAUCGCGACUGGUUUUAACCGGGGGGCCACAGGGAGAGGCCAGAUUCAUGACUAUUUUAGUCGGAGACGGAAGACCAACAGCCCACUGAAAGAAAAGCUGGAUUAUAAGAAGGAAAUGAUGCUCUGAUCGACCCGUGGUGGGAAAGAAAGGGUCUUUUAUUAGGCGAUAAGAACUAGAGUAAAGGAUCGCGGGACGUAACCCUCUCUAGCCUAGUGUUAUUCAUUUACUGUCAUCCCGUCUUGGAUGAGAAGGUUCGGUGAAUCGAUCAGUCCUGCCGUUUAGCAAGUCACAAUCUCCGAGUCGAGGGAACCCAAGGAACUGGAUCAUGUCGGGUCGGCCCAGGACCACAUCCUUCGCGGAGAGCUGCAAACCAGUGCCGCAGCCCUCCGCGUUCGGCAGCAUGAAAGUCAGCAGGGACAAAGAUGGCAGCAAGGUAACAACAGUUGUGGCCACUCCAGGCCAAGGCCCUGACCGACCACAGGAGGUGAGCUACACCGACACAAAGGUCAUCGGCAACGGCUCGUUUGGCGUCGUCUACCAGGCCAAACUCUGCGACUCCGGGGAGCUGGUGGCCAUCAAGAAGGUUCUGCAGGACAAGAGAUUCAAGAACCGUGAGCUGCAGAUCAUGAGGAAGUUGGACCACUGCAACAUAGUGCGUCUGCGCUACUUCUUCUACUCCAGUGGAGACAAGAAAGAUGAAGUCUAUCUGAAUUUGGUUCUGGACUACGUUCCUGAGACGGUCUACAGAGUGGCCCGACACUACAGCCGAGCCAAACAGACUCUGCCCAUGGUUUACGUCAAGCUCUACAUGUACCAGCUGUUCCGGAGCCUGGCUUAUAUUCAUUCAUUUGGGAUCUGCCACCGGGACAUCAAACCUCAGAAUCUGCUGCUCGACCCAGAGACUGCUGUGCUCAAGCUCUGUGACUUUGGCAGUGCCAAACAGUUGGUCCGCGGGGAGCCCAACGUGUCCUACAUCUGCUCUCGCUACUACCGAGCCCCAGAGCUCAUCUUUGGUGCAACUGACUACACCUCAAGCAUAGAUGUGUGGUCAGCCGGUUGCGUACUGGCAGAACUGUUGCUAGGGCAACCGAUCUUUCCCGGUGACAGUGGGGUGGACCAGUUGGUUGAAAUUAUCAAGGUUCUGGGUACCCCAACCCGAGAGCAGAUCCGAGAAAUGAACCCCAACUACACCGAGUUCAAGUUUCCCCAGAUCAAGGCACAUCCUUGGACUAAGGUGAGUCAGCAGGUGUUCCGGCCGCGUACUCCCCCAGAGGCCAUCGCUCUCUGUUCUCGCCUGCUGGAGUACACGCCCACGGCCCGCCUCACCCCGCUGGAGGCCUGCGCGCACUCCUUCUUCGACGAGCUGCGUGACCCCAACGUCAAACUGCCCAACGGGAGAGAGAAGCCCUCCCUCUUCAACUUCACCACCCAGGAGUUGUCCAGUAAUCCCUCUUUGGCCUCCAUACUCAUCCCUGCCCACGCCCGCAGCCAGGCUGCCGCCUCCACCCCAACUAACACCUCUGCCACCACAGAUGGCAGCAGCACAGAGCGAGGUCCCACCACCACCACCGCCUCGGCCUCGGCCUCCAACUCCACCUCCUGAGCCAACAGUGCGCCCUCCCCGUCCCGGUCUCGGCCUCAGCCCCAGCCCACGGCCUCUCCAUUGCCCCGGCCAGGGGGUGAGCCCCGCUUUGCCCUGCUCUCCUUCCACACAGCAGGGGCGAUGCUGACGCAGUCCGGGUUCAGCAGCUAGCCAACAGCCCCAUGCCACGACCACAAACCAAGCAUCCCCAAUCUGCCUUAUUGUAUCUCCGACUGGCCCUCAUCCAGCUAUUUGAACUCAACUCCACCGUCUGUCAAAGAAGUCUCUCCAUGCUCCGCCAACAGGGGAGCAAAGUGCAGGUCCAGAGGUGUUGUUGACUGUACUGUUAAUAAAAGUACACUGUACAUGUAUAAACAAUGCUAGCCUGCUAAUGUGCAUAAAAGGACAAUCUGUAGAAAACGUCCUGAGCUGUUCCCCUUUGCCCUCUCCCCAUCUGGCCCUUUCCCUCGCAUUGUCCCAUUUUUUUGCAUCCUCAUCCUUUGACCUCUGACCUCUGUACCAUGGCCACUCCCCCAUCCCUUGAGUUCCUCUUGUAGUGCAUGGCCUGAGUAUGGUUAGGAGCACCCUCUCACUUCUCACCUUCACUUCCGCAGACAAGGCAUGAGGCUCACGCACGUGUAUACACGCACACAGACACUCACACACACGCACACACACGCACACACAUACACACACACUCACCCCACGCACACGUCUUCACACACGUGGACGCAUGAUUAAAGUGGAAAGACAGACACAAUCUACCUGCGGGGUAAUGUGUGGACAUUUAUUUUCUUUCCCGGGGUUUGUUUUUAAAUGGUUAGCAAGCUGUUUUACUCCACUCCGUUUUUAGGUUUUGUUUCGUACUCCUGGGCAGAUGUUUUCAGAUUGCCAUUUGCGAUGGAUGUGACAUGUAUCUGGUCCUGUGUGCUUGUACAAUAUAUACAUACAAUACAAAACAGACACGCAAACACACAGUUUAUAUAUUACUUUUCCUUAUGUAUAAAAAGUAUAUAUAGAUAUAUGUAUAUUAACUACAAUGGUUCAGAAAUCAUUUAUGGUGAGCUCAUAUCUGGCAGAGCAGUGGCAAUAUUUGCUGCUGCCUAAAGACAAUAGAUUUAGAUGAGUUGGUGUUUAUUGAGUUUGUUUUCGUUUGUUUGAUUUUGGCUGGAGUGAGGUUAGAUUCCAGCGGUCACCUCCGUUUUGUCAUGCUGUCUAUAUAGAGGCUGUGGAUGGAUUUAGGGCAUUGCUCUAUUCCGUGUUUUUGUACCGACCCUGUCUCUAACAGUAUGUCUGUGACAGUGCAGUGUCUAGACGAACACCUUCCCCCGUCUACUUUCUCCUCUGUCUCUGUGAGCAACUUGAGAUGUUUCUUAACACUUUUCUUUCCUUAAUUCUUGGAGAAGCCUCUCUUUCGGUCAGCCACAAACGUUCUCAUGUGUUGUGACCACGGACUGAAGUGUUAGCCUAGCGUGGUUUCUCCUCCACCUGUCGCACAUAGAGCCACUCGGUACAGUCUGUUGAAGCGUCUUAUUUACAGAGAAUACUCACUACAUAAAAAAGAAAAAGCAGAAUUUGUAUAUACAGUAUAAAUGCUCCUUACCAAAAUUCUGACUUGUAUGUUGUUGUUUUUUUAUGUUGUUAUGUUGAUUAUUUCUUCCAUGUUGAGUUUAAGGUAUGUAUAUAUGCAGACCCAUGUACUGUUUAUGAGCAAAAACAAAGAUGACAAAGGGUAGAGACAGAAAAGAAAUUAAAAAAAUUAAAAAAACAAAAUCAGGGCAGAACUGAUGUUGUUGAUGGAUAUGAUGAUGAUAACGAUCAGCUUUAUCCAGCCAUAUGUCCAAUCUUACCUGUACAGUACAGUAGAUGACAGCUGUAUUAUUGUAACAAGAACUAGUCAUGUAUAGUGUAACUAUAGUUUGGAGUGCCUUUGCUUUCAUACACCUUCGCCUUGUCCCCCCCUCCCCCCUUUCAGAUAUUGUGACUCUCCCUUUGGUGCUGUUGAAUGUCCUGCUAGCCUGCAACACGUCCUCACGACCCCCCUUCACUCGCACCUCUGUCCCUUUUUCAUUGCACACUUCAUGUAAUAUACAGACAUGGUUCACUCUAAGGAAACUUUCCUUAUCUGAAGACAAAGUAGACCAGUGUUUAUUUUAUUAGAUGUUUAAUAAUCUCCAUCAGAAAUGAACACACACUCAUCCCGGCCCAGAUGCGGAGGCAUGACGUGUCCGUGGGGGGUUUUCUGGAUGGCGGCAGGGGGUUAAACCGGCCUCGUAUACUGUAUGCUGUACAUACAGUGCAGAUAAGGUUCUGUAUUACUGCAUUGGUUCUGUUACCAAAGCCAAACUAUGACGUAGUUGUGUUGAGCCAUCCUCAGAGGCAAUAAUGUAUUCCGACGUUCUCUCUCUGGAUAUCCGUUGUUUCUCUGUCCUCUUGCUUGUUCCUGCUCCCCGUCUUCUCGGAGGCCGGGGGGGAGGGAUUCAGUAGCACCUAAAGGGGCUGAGUCAUGUAGCCUUUCUCCUGUCUCCUGCUUGCUGUAGUUUUGAAUUCAUGAACAUGUUGUUGCCCUCCACCAGAAAUUCUGAGUGCUUCACCCCACCGACUCCAGAACAAUAAAAACACCACGAGUUUUUAACAAACAUAAAAAGCAAGUGAAUAUGCUAGUUGAAUAUAUUAUACUAGCAUAUGAACUAGCUUGAUGUGCUAACUGGGGUUUAAGAACUGAAAAAAACAUGGAAAAUACUACAAAACAUCCUGUAUUACAGUACUACUACUUGAAUGCCUAUGUUUGUGACUGAAUUUUUUUUUUUAUUUUUGUUUUGUUUUUCUUCUGUUCUGUGAAGGUAUGCUAAAUGUGCGCCUCUGUAAAUAUUCCCUCUGCGUGCUCUGAGGAAUAGUUCCCUGGUACUGUAAUUUGCAUUAAAUAAAGAGUAGGAUAGCCUGGAAAUGAUCAA